AUGCAACACAAGCAGCAGGAAGCCGCCCCACCGAUAGCACCGUCACCGCCGCAAGCACCCCCAACCCGUCCAGCGACCCCCGCAACGUCAACCCUACCAGCCUCGCCCACCCUACAACCAACGACCGCAAUACCAACCCCAGCUGCCCUUCCGCCGGGCACCCCGCCCGCAAUAGCAACCGAGGAACCACCAAAGACCCAAAGGAUGGUCAGGCAAAUGGUGCAUCCAUCAUGGAAGCAUCACGCACGACACUAA